AUGGCUAAGGAAGAACUACAAAAGGUUGUGCCCUCGCCAAUCUAUUCACUAGAAGAACUAUCACCAACAACUUCACAUACUCUAACACCAGCUACAUCUGAAACUCAGCCUUCAAAAACUCAAUCACUGUCGCUGUCACUGUCCCAGCAAACAUCGCAUGACUCGCACAACUCCUUGUUUCUGCCGUCGCAUGGCUCGCAUGGCUCGCAUGGCUCGCAUCGCUCGCAUAUUUCGAUAUCCAAGUGGGUUAUUCCGUCAUUGUAUCGAAUCCAAAAGUAUAGUGCAUAUUCACUUGUGUCAUUUGUAGGGAUCCAUCUUACUUCGGUGGUGAUUAUACCUAUACUUCCGAUCCCGCGCGAUGUCAAGGACCAAGUAUUUAGUCUUGCAAAGGCUGUGUAUCAGGAUAUUCCUGGUUAUGAACUGUUGCUCAUAUAUGGUGCUGGUGUGUGUCACAUUCUACUGGGAAUAAUCUUACGAGUAGUCAAGGUUAUCCGCAAAAAUAGAAUUGAGGAAAGGAGACGCAAAGCAGGGUCGCAUGUUUCCAAGGUGCAUAUGAUCAAUAGUGCCAAUUUGGGAAAUGGUACUAUUGAUAUUAGAGACAAUGACGAAGAUAUUGGUCUUGGUGGCAUAAGUAAUUUGUUUGGAUUGGGAUAUAGGAGAUCAAUUACCCUGACGAUGUUUGGCUUGAGUCCUUUGCAAUUCACUGGUUGGUUUAGUAUACCAUUGGUGUUGUUUCACUUGUACAAAUUUCGAUAUGUUCCGUGGCUGGUGGAGGGUGAUUCUUCCUUGGUGAACUUGGAGUAUAUUCCGUAUGUGGUGAAUUUGAAGCAUCCUGUGUUUAACCAGAUAGCGUUGUGCUUAUUAGUAUGGAGUGUAAGCUAUCAUAUGAUGUCGGGUAUAAUGAAGUAUCGUGGAUGGUUUAGCAAGUAUUGGAAAAGGGUUGGGUUAACUGUUAUUAAUGUUUUGGGGUGGAGCGGAUGUCUUGCUGUUUGGUUGUACAAGAGGCAAGAGAUUGAUGUGAACAAUUUGGAUUUUGUUGGUAAGGCAUUCCACAAGUACGUUAACGCAUUUUUGUUGUAA